AUCCUACCGAACACGCCCGACGUGUUGCUGAGAAAACCCGAUUUGGUCCCCAGGAUUCUCCGGACACUGUCAUGGGUUUUCCAAUUCUCGUCGUGUACACAAUCAAGAGAGCUCCUAAGAAUGAAGAAGAGUCUUCAGAUUGCGCCGACGGUUCAGAGGCGACCACCUGUUGCCGCCGACCAAAAUUCAUAAACUUCCGAGGUACAGAAUGGUCUGAUCGUUGGAUAAUCGAGCCACAGGGAUACGAUGCCUACGAAUGUGUCGGGCCUUGUACCAAUAGGGGUCAUGUGCGGACGGGGCGGGAUCUUCUCGAUCUCCUCCAGAGGCCCAGGACGGUGUCGUGCAAAGCGUCAAAGACAUCCCCUCUACCGAUGAUGUACCUCGUGAACAGAGAUGGUGUAACUGAAAUAGUUGUCGAAAGUAUUCCUAAUAUGAUUAUUGAGGAAUGUAAAUGUACGAUAUGAAUAAUCAAUAAUAAUAAUAAAAUUAUUAUUAAUAUUAUUAUUAUUAUUUAUUAUUAAUAUUAAUUAAUAGUAAUUAAUAAAUAUAAAUUAAUAAUACAAUAAGUUUAUAAUAAUUGUAUAUAGAGAUAUUUUGAUUUCUUUUAUUUUAUUGAAGCUUAUACUGUAUUGAAAAUAUUUCUUGAUACGGCGUAUAAGUGCGAAAGACAUUUCAACAAUUUAAACAAUAAAACAAGUUGUGGACAAUACUGUAUAGGCCUGCAUAAGUUUAAACGGUAAAAAUGAGAAAGUUUGCGAGUGUCAUCAUUUACGUUUCACGUCUUUUGACAUUGCACUCUGUCUACAAGUUUUCUGUCAUAGGCUGAGUGAGGAUAUAUGUAACCGGUCAGUUCUGAUCUUAUGUUGUUAAUCCAUGUGUUUCUUGGUUUCCCAUUCUCUUUUGUAAGAUCAGGAAAACACUGGUUGUCGACACAGUAACCUGAAACAAGGAUACCU